AUGAAGAGUGACAACUGCCCAAUAUCAACCGGUUGCCAAAAAUCGAGAAUAAACACUAGAGAGUCAAGGAUCCAUCCCAGCCGCCAAAGAAUCAGGAAACCAAUCCUAGAAGGCUGGACUCCAACCUCAGGGACCAUCCCACAGCCUCUAGAGGUAGCCAAAGACAGCCAGACGAUUGAAAAAUCCAAGCAAAUCGAUUAUCAAUCACCUCAGCCACACAAAGAAUCAAGGAAUGAAAUGAAGACUAAGAUCGAGCCUAGGAGGGAACAGAAUCAUAACAAAUCAGAAAUCUUGAUUAGGAAGUCCAGAGGAAAUAGAAGCAGCUAA